AUGACGAAGCUGCGGUGCGAGGGAAUCUUCACGCAUAGCGAGUACGAUGUGGCGACAGACCAGCCCCCCUACUAUAUCAUUUACAAAAGGAGCAGUGGAGGGUUGUACGAAUCGAGUGAGCACUUCAAUGGACUGACAGCACUUAUUAAAGGGAGGAGAGAAAAUUAUGGGGACCGCAAAGCAAAAGUGAUGAGUGACUUCCUGCACAAGGUAUAUCGGCAUGGAAGUUAUCGCCGCAGGGAAGGGGGCACGAAGGAGAAGAGACACAUCGCCGAGUUAAUGAAAAACGCCAACCCACUCUACGUGAGUAGCGAUGCCCUUGAAAAAAUAUACCACGGAUGUUACUUUCCCCCCCGUCACUCAUUUGAAAAGAGGGGGGGGGGUUUGCUCAAAGUGGAGAAGCAUUGCCUGUCCCACAAUUACGUGUUACUGGAGUGGGAUGAUGAGAGCAGACUACUGGAGGGGAGAUUUCCUCACGAAGGAAAAUCAGUUAACUACAAAAUGAAGAACAACGGUGAAGAGAGAGAAGAGGAUGCAUCACACAAGGGUGAAAAAGACAUUUGGGGCUUCAUUUCGAUUUCUAGGGUUGACUUGUUGGAACACCACUUUGAGGAUCACUUGAGGGAGUUGUAUCAUGUAAGGCUUAGGAUGAAGGACAAGCGGUUAGCUGUUUUACUUUCCUUCUUCUUUCAUCACGGGGUGGUGCGCAAUUUGCGUGUUAACAGUAUGAUCGCAGUGCACAUGGAGGAAAAAAGGGUUGUUCAUAAUUUGGGGGAGAGUGACAUGCAGAAAAAUAAUUUGAAAAAGGGAAGAGGAGUCACCAAAGAGGUAUUCACGGUUGCGUUCGAAAUGCAUGCAAGGAAUAAUAAAUGCGUCGAUCAUUUGUCAUUUCUUCUUAAAAAAUUUCACUGUGAGGAUGUUACAGAAGGGACAUUUUUUACAAAUUCCUUUUUUAAUAAUAUGAUUUAUGUUUAUUCGAGGAAGCUCAAGGAGGAAGUUCGUUACGAGAAUGUUACUUUCGUGGAGGGACUGAACAGGGGCGUGUUUCUAUUGUCUUACUUGUUUUUCCAGAUGGGGAGAGUCGAUAGGUUGUUGAGUGGCGGUAUAUCUUAUACAAGAGUGAGACGAAGUUACACCAUCGGGGUAGAGGAUAGGGUUGUGUACAUGCCUGCCCUCUUCCGCGAUCACCUGUACUUGGCUGGUGAUUAUGUGAUGUACUGGGAGGACACUAACCAGUUGGUACGGCACAGCACCGUUGCUAACCUCACCGUUGAAAAGCAGUUCAAGGGGGAAGGUAUGAAGCGCAGUUGCAGGACGACGGUGCGGGUGGUCUGUGAUGAGGAGGCUGCUUGUGGUGGUGCAUCCCCCCUGCGCAACUGCAGCGCCAUCGUACUGGACCUGCACCCGAAUGGCAUUGUGAUGGACAAGGAGAGACUGGUGAGCCCCUACAUGACUGCGUCCUUUGCAGAUAUAGAAGGUUACAAGAGUGUGUCCCCCGCGUCUGUGACCAAGUAUCGAGUGAUGAGCUUAUCACAGGGGCGACUCUCCUCUGGCGCGACAGGUGCACGAGCCAACGCGCCUGAGCAAGAAGGGGGGGAAGAUAUAAGGACGGGGUCGUCGCACCAACCCUGCGCCGCUAUCUCCUUCGAUGUACAGAUUUGCAGCAGGUACGUCGCCCCCUGUGGAAGAGAAAAAGAGUUAAAGAGGAGCCGCGCAAAAGAGGAAGUUGCUCGCCUCUCGGGGGAAGAGAGUCCUCACCCCACCUAUGGGGACAACACUUGCACAGACUACCACGCCGUAUUAUUGUCCAACGCAAAGGUAUUUCUAACUUGUGAAGGAGAUGCGAAGGAGACUGUUUCUACACAUGCCCAUAGGUGGAAUGCCACUCUGUACGCAGAUGCCACACAUGUUUAUUUUAACGGGGGGGAGGACAUGCUGAGCGUGCACACGAGGGACUUUUUUCUGUUCCUGAGUGAGAUGUCCUUCGUGCAAGUGUUAUCUCCCCUCAGGGGGGAUCAUACACAGGCGGGCUACCAACAGCGUGACCAUGCGCAGCGUGGCGGAGGCGACAAAAGAGAGGAGGGGCUGCUGGAGACACUCGCCACGUACUCCCUAGCCAGGACAAUAAACACUCAAAAAAUUAUGAACAAGAGGAUCAUUUACGAUGAGGUGCUCGCGGGGGUUCCUCCAUGGCAACACGUGGCCACGGCAAAUGAUGUAGAGACGUUGAGAUGGCCCCCCCCCCUCAAUGGGCCUCCCAUGGAGGGGGCAGCUGAUUACUACGUCGACCUGGUUUAUGUGCACUCAGUGCCUCACGGGGCCGACAGCUACUUGUACGUGUUGUGCGUGUCGGUGUUGACUUCGGUUAUGCUGGUCCUCUGCACGUUUGUCCUCGCACGCAAGUUCAGCCAGUAA